CAUCCCCCAGGAGGAUGUCUCUUCUCCCUAUUAACCCUUUGUUUUGUCCAGGCUCCACCUCCUGUCCUGAUUGGAUGCUGCGCAGAGUCUGGCUAAUUGGUAAUCAGCAGAGCACUAUUUAAGGCCUGUGGAGCUGUGCUUCUGUGCCCUCUGGCCAUUUUGGUUGCCAUACCUAUGCAGGCUUGCAUGCCUUUGUAACUUGUAUGAGCAUUGUUUUCAUGUUCAGACUGCUGUAGGGGAGAGCUGCCUUUUGCUUUGAUACCCUGUUUUCUCCUGUUUAUGUGUUGUUAGGUAGGUUAUGGUUAUAGGUUGUAUAUUUUGUUUCUUUGGAGUUAGGUAAGUUUCUUUUAUUUCUAUAUCAGGGAUGUUUUGUUUGUUAUGUUGGCCUUGGCUCUCCCUGACGUUACACCUCAGUCUGAACCCAAAUCUCAUCACCAGAAUUAAAUAAACCUUCUACACUUACCAUCUUGACUCCUCCUUCACUAUCCACCUUUAUGUUCGUCCCUUCAACCCCCUAGACUAGCCAGGGGACGUAACAUAAAUUGGGCGCUCAUCCGGGAUAUUAUCCUGUUUAAUCCAUUUUUUAGAUGGUGAAGGUUUGGAGUUGUUUGUUUCUGCUGGUGUGUUUGGCAGAGGUAGUUAGUAUGGCAACUGGUGUUUUCAAUUUGAGUGCGUUUUUGAGUAGUCCUUCUUGGGAGGAGUUACAUGUGUGUAGAAAACAUGAUUUGUUUGCUAUAGCAGCACACUUUGAGUUAAAUGUAUCAAGGCAAUUGGUGAAAGAGGACUUGAAAACUGCUGUUUCAAACAAGCUUGUGGAAGAAGGCCUGCUUCCUGUUUCUAAAUCACCUCGUUUGCCAGUUCCUCUUGACAGGACCCCUAAUGAAGGAGUGAAGCCUGCUGUGUUAAAGGAAGAAGGGCAAAACCCUGCUGCUGUGGAGCAACAAACAGUGGAAAAUUUGGGCACUAAUGGCUCACCUUCUUUUGCUACUCCAUCUUCUCCUCGUUCAAGACAAGAAGUAUUACUCAAGGUACGUUUGGCUAAAUUACAGUUGGAGGCUCAGGAUAAAGCCCAAGCUCGUCAGGCAGAGUUGGAACUUCGCAGGUUGGAGUUGGAAGCAGAGACAGAAAAGGUGUUAAAGCUGAAAAGGUUGGAGCUGGAGUUGCAGACUGAAAGGGAGGUCAGACUGCAUCAGUUGGAGUUACAGGCACAGACUUCAAGAAGUACUACCACUCAACCUAGUUCUGCAAAUUCAUCUGCUGUUGGUGAAACAACCUCCUCCCCUGUAAACACAGGUGGUUUUAAUUUCAGAGAGCGCCUCCAUAAGGCCAGGUUGGCAGCUGCAGAAGCCCUCUCCUCUGCUCAGGGGAAGAUGAAGAGUUGGUAUGAUAAGAAAGCCGUUCCUCGAUCUUUCAAUCCAGGUGACAAGGUUUUGGUUCUUCUACCAACUGCUAGCUCUGCAUUGUCUGCCCGCUUCUGUGGACCAUACCAGGUGGAUAAGAAAGUAAAUGACACUGACUAUGUGAUUAAAACACCGGACAGGAAGCGUAAAACACGCUUGUGCCAUCUUAAUAUGCUCAAAUCUUUUCAUUCUAGAGCUGAUUCUCUCUGCGGUCCUGCAGAUACGUCUGUGGCAUCUCUGCCAGAGCAAAUCUCAUCUCCAGAAACUCUCUUGUUAAAUUCUUCCUCAGGACUGAGGUCGAGUUUAGAUGAAGAUGGGCUCAAACUUUGUGAUGCCAGCUACCAGAGUGCCAGAAUGCUUAAUUCUGAGGUACUGUCCCAGUUGUCUACAUAUCUUUUUCACUUGACCCGUGAGCAACAGUUGGACAUUGAAAGGCUUGUCAACAUUCAUUUAAAACUCUUUGGGGACAUGCCUUCCCAUACUACUGUAAUAGAGCACGACAUCGAUGUGGGGAAUGCAGUGCCUAUUAAGCAGCAUGCUUACCGUGUGAAUAUGGCAAAAAGAGAAAUGAUAAACAAAGAAGUAGACUACCUUCUGAAGCAUGGAUUGGUUAUUCCAAGCUAUAGUCCAUGGAGCUCUCCAUGCCUGGUUACACCAAAAUCAGAUGGAACACCGCGCUUUUGCACAGAUUUCCGCAAGGUAAAUGCAGUCACAGUGCCUGAUUCCUUCCCACUGCCCCGUAUUGAGGACUGUAUUGAUAGUGUCGGAUCUGCUGCGUAUGUGAACUUUUCUAAACCAUUCAAGCUUGAAGUGGAUGCCAGUGAGGUGGGGGCUGGAGCUGUUCUUCUUCAAGAUGAUGGACAAGGAGUGAGUCAUCCUGUCUGCUUCUUUGGCAAGAAGUUCGAUGCUCAUCAAAGACGGUACUCGACAAUUGAGAAGGAGACUCUGGCCAUGCUUCUGGCUCUUCAACAUUUUGAUGUGUAUGUGGGAUCUACUUCCCAACCUGUAGAGGUCUUCACUGAUCACAAUCCUCUUGUGUUCCUCUCUCGCUCCACCUCCUGUCCUGAUUGGAUGCUGCGCAGAGUCUGGCUAAUUGGUAAUCAGCAGAGCACUAUUUAA